AGACGUUUUCAGCUCUAAAACGCUUUUUUUUUCGAACGCCCCGUUCCCUGCCGCCAUGCGCUCCAACGGACUCUUGGUCUCCGCAGUGCUUUGCGUGGGCACCUUCACCUUGACCCACCUCGCUUUUGUGGGUCCCGCCACUGGUGCGAACGCACCCAAGGUGGCGCGGGCUGCGCGCGGGGGCGGAGAGUAUGAUAUCAGUGAUGCGGACAUCCAGAACUUCUACAACUCCUUGUUGACCGGGGCGGGCGGCGACCCGCCCAAGGGUACCGUCCUCUCGGAGUUGGUGGUGAAGUUUUUCCACGGUGACUUCACUCCCCAGGGGUUCAAGCGCUACAGUGGCCUUUGGAAGGGACCACCUCCUGGGAACAUUGGCAAGAAGGACAUCGCGGUGGGCGUCGCCGGAUUGAAGGCACAGAUGGCCAACCCCAUGUUUGUGACCAAGGGCGGUGUGGGCUACGGCGUUGAUGAGACGCAGAAGGUUGAGGAUGAUGGCAAGGGCUGGGUCUGGCUUGCUGCCGAGAUGAGCCCUGGAGGUUUGGCCGUGGAGCUUUUCAAGUCUGUACCCUACGGAAAGCGUGCCAUCCUGGUGGCCAAGCAGAACAACGUCGAUGAGCUCUUCCAGAAGGUGAACUGGGACACGGCUUUGGGCAACAUCGAAAAGACCUUUGGAGGGCCUCAGAUCAAGCAGCGCUGAGGUGGUCAACGCUAGCAAGGCAAUUUUGGGGUUCUGUGGAGCCGAAGGGCUGGGGCAAAGCUAUUAGAAACAAGUGCAUCGCUGCUAGUAACAAGUGCCUUACUACUAGGAGCAAAGGACGCUAUUAGGGGCUCCUGGCCGUACUACUAGGAACAAGAAGCUACUAGGGGCUCCUGGCAUCGCUACUAGGAGCAAGGACGCUACUAGAACCGAGACUAGGCAACACAGGGGGAGGUGAACAUGUUCAGCUCUGGUCUGUUCUCAUUGCUAAUUGGUGUAGCCAGCUUAUGACCGAGAUGGACCUUUUCUCACUCAUCAAGCGGGCCAUGUUCAGCAUUCAAACCCGUCAACGCCCAAAUCAGCCUUGAAGGUGGUGGACACCUUCAAAAUCCCCCAGAUAUUUUGGAUGUUUGGGAUUUAAAUCUACUCUGAAACCGUCAGGAAAGAGAUACUUGGAAUCCAUGAGAUGAACGAUGAACUUAUUCAUGUGGUGUGCUAGUCUUAGAGCAGAAUUAGGUUCCGCGUGAGUAGCUUUGGUCGUCCUGUGCGGAUGAACUAGCGCCUAGACCUAGGACCUCAAGAGAUGCAAAAGGGACUGCACAGUCACGCUGUGAAAGCCAGAGGCCCCAAAUGAGCACACGUGAGAAGGCUGGAAUUACUAUUGCUUUUUCUAGAGUAGUUUGGAGAUUCUUGGAUAGGCAGCCAGCUGAGCCAUCAGCCUCAGAUGCUGCGCCACAAAUUUUAGCCUCUUGAGACCCGGAUCGUAGAUCUCCGACACCGAUGCCGCCCUUGGCUGUUGGGAUCGGCCGGAGUUUCUUCGACCUGCUGUGGUAUCCAAAAAGUGGUCCGCC